UUCGUCACUUCAGCAAAUCAGCAGAUCAGUAAUCAGUACUAGCCUACCUACUUAGCUAUACCUAUACUAAUACUUAGCAGCCAUGCAAAAAUUGCAAGUUUGCAACGUGUAAAUCGAAAGUAGUCGUACUUACUUGUGUGUUGCACUGCAUACUUACCUACUCAUCGCGUAUUGUUUCUUACGUAUAUGAUAAUGCAUAAACUGUGCGAGUGAGAAGGACUUUCGGCUCUGGGUUGUGUGUUGUAUACAUUCACAUAAGUACUAACUACUAACCCUUUUCUUAAUUUUUUUCUGUGCUCCUUAACGUGUUAAAUUUCGCUGCGGUUCUUCGGACAGAAGCAAUAAAUAAGCUGCACGUCUGAGAAUAAUAAGAAUCAACUGUCCCCUGUCGUCUGAAAUGGAAUCAAACAAUUGCAUUAUUGGGCUUUGACAAUAUCGUGAACUUAUAAAAUUAUUUUCAUGAGUUUGCAUGAAACAAGUUAUAUUUAAUAGCUGUGAGAAAGCUAACAAUCAUAAUGGCUUUGUUGGAAGAAACACAACUAAAUCCACGUGAUAAGGACUCACAACAAAGUGCAUUGGUGGAAAAAAAUGUGCAGAAGCCACCUCAGAAAAAAUUUUGUAACACAGUGUUUGCAGCAAAAAUGAGGAACAGAAAAAAAGAAGAAAAACUCAAAAAGCUCAGUUCUGAAGAAGUCCUAACCUCUUGCAAACCAGUUUCCAUUGAAGUGACACGAAUUGCUUCAAAGGCUGUACCAAAAAUCCUUACUACAGUGGAAAAUAAGAUUCGUCGAAGAAAGAAAAGUCAAUGGAAGUUGGGCAUAAUGAAAAAAAAGAAGAAACCGUCUAAAAAUCGUGAAACAGCUAAAGCCAGUACAAGUUCAAAGGGUCCUAGCGAUGAAAAUGUUUGUCAAAAAAAUAAAGAAGUCAGUGUCAAUGAAAAGACACAAAUCUAUGCAUCACUCGGAGGAAAACUAAUUGAUGAACAAAAGUCAAAAUCAGUGCAUCAAGAUAAAAAAGAAAAUCGAAAAAGAAGUCUGAGAAAUAAUGAAUCAGUGCUUUAUGAAGAAAAUAUAGAAAUUGAAAGUGUAAAAAGUGCAACUUCUGCAGAGGAAGAUAGUUGCAGGCGAACAUUACCGUUUAUUGGAAAAUUAAAUACAAAAGCUGCUAGAGCGGCAUAUGCUGAAAAAAUCAUAAUAGCCGAAAUUGGAUCUAUUCCUGACAAAAAACAUAAGGAUUCACCUGAAACAAGUUUUAAAAGUGAUACCUCUGUUGCAAACCAAUCUAAAAGUAAUACAACAGAAAAAAAUAAGACUGCAAGCGUUAACAAAAAUGAGUUAAACAAAAGCAAAAGCACGAGUGGUAAUGAAAGAAAAAAUGUAAAUGUUGCCAAGAGUUUGGAUAAAGAAUUGACUGAAAUAGAAUCCAAUGAUGUGCCCAAGAAAAAUGAAACCAAAGAGAUUGAAAGUUGUAGCCGCACUGUUCCAUUUAGAGGUAAUCCGAAACCUGGUCCCAAGGUCAUACCACCUGGUGCUCCUGACAGACCAAUCGUAUUAGAUGGACCUAGUGAUUGUAAUCAAAAGUCGGAUUCUGUACCUGAAAGCGUUGAAGCCACAUCAUCAUGCCCAUGUCCAGAUGUAGAGAAAGAAGUAAUUUCAGCGACUGAUGCUAGAGAAAAGGCAAACUCUUCCACACAACUAGAUUUAUCAAACGGAGUCGAAAAGAGGAUACGUCUUCCUCUUGAAAAUAAUGAUGGAAAUCUAGUUUCUUCUUCUAAAGAUGUUGACGCGGAAUCAAACUCUUCCAAUAGUGUAAAUAAAAAAAUGAACGUUUCUUCUAAAACAAAUAAAAUAAACUCGACUCUUGUAGAGUCAGUUGCAGAGUUCAAUACAUCAUUAAACAUAUGUACGUCGAAUGUCACAAGUACUGAUUUGAAUUACUCCAAUAAUGAAACUGUCCCAGAACUAUGCGAAUCAAGUAAUUUGGCAACUGCUAAAUCUAAUGAAGAAAAUACGGACUCAAGCAACAUCAUGAGUGAUAAAAAAGCUGAAACUUCAAAAAUCCAUGAAAACUUGAUGGACUUAGCCAACAGUGACGAUGAUGAUACAGGAUCGAGUUGCUGUAGAACAAGACCCUAUCUAGGAAAGAACAGAUGUAGCAGAACAGUACCUUUUGCACUGAUAACUCGUAAAGUGAGGGAUCCAAAUGCAAGAUCCAGUACUGAUAUACUUAACACAAGUUCGCUUCGUGAACCUGAAAAAAAUAAGACACUUACGACUGAUGCUGAUAAACUUAUUGCAGAAGUCAAACAAUGCAACAGUGAUAACGUUCCUGCAAAUCUGGAUAAUCAGCCUACAAGUGAACUCUGUGAUUCUAGCGUUACUUUGAAUGAUGGCACAAAAUCCGAUUCAGCAAUCAGUAAUGGAGAGUGGAAAUUCAGAAGGAAACGUGACGAGCACCCAGAAACAGAUACUCAGCAGGUCGGUAGUACACAGUCCAAGACCAAAAGACAUAAACAAUCAGCGAUAUCUAAGGAAACAGACCAACCACCCCAAUCUAUUCCCACUUCACCAGCACACACCAUCUGUACACUGUUUUCAAAGAACUGUACAAAAUGUCCAAGUGAUCAUCACGCUAAAACUAACGAAUGUCUGAUGUCUCGAAAAAUAAAGCAAUCAAAGUUAAAGGACGUUGCUGUGUUUUUGACCAAGCUUGAGGAUUCGCACAAUCCUCUAGUUGAUCAAUACCUUACAAAGGCUGAGCCAGUUCUUGGCGGUAGGACAGAAUUGCCGUUGGCCUCAGAAAGUCGCAAACCGGAUGAUAAUGAACAGCCAAGUCCAGAGAAGCCUCAACAGGUUUCUUCCCCUCAAAAAACAAAACCGAUGGACACCGAAGUAAAUACUAUUAAUGAAGUUCCAGCCGCAGAAACUGCAAUGGACCAGACUGAAACUAGCAUGGAAAAAGAAAUAAACGAAACUUCAAGAUUGGCACAUCGGUUAAUCAGCACCGAAUCUAGAGAAUCCAACGAAUCCGUUGACAAUACCUUUAGAAGACGUAAACGCACUGUCAACUGCAUCGACAGCGAUUCGGAAGAGGAAAAUUCCUCUGCAACGAAGUCACAAAUUAAACAGUCAGCCGGAAUUGAGCGUUCUAAGCGAUUGAAUUUCGAGCAAGACGAAGAUGACAUGGAAGUGGCGGAAUUCUCUCGUCAGGGCUGGCUAAACUCCAACGGAGACGAAGACUCUGAUCAGGAAGCGUGCUCACCGACCACUCGUAAAACGCAUUUGAGAAAUCAUGACGAUGAAAGUUUAGAUCAGGAAGCCACUCGCGUGACACGUGCAAAGAGUCGAGCUGCUGGCAUUACCCUAGAUGACGCGAUUAAUAAGGAUGUUGUUAAGGAUAAAGUACGCCCAAAGAGCGUGCUUGAAAAGAAAAUCGUCAAACCAGUGCUACAGGUUAGAGCAAAGACACCUUGUCUGGGUUCGUUGGUUCAAGGGUUGGAGAAUCAAAUAGAAGUUCCUGAUAAACACCACGAAACUCAAUUGGUCAGUGUCGAGAAAAACAAAGAGAAAGAGGCCUUCAUUGCAGACAAACAAAAUACAUCAUGUAGUACUACUUUGGAGUUGGAAUAUCAACUAACAAGCUGUGAUAAUCAAUCUAAAUCUAAUAAUAACGAGAUCAACAAUGCGGAAAUUCCUCUCAGUGAUAAACUCACUCCAGCUUUGCAAAUAGUUGAACAGCAAGAACCUGGCACUCCUAAAAGUGCAGUAACUCCCUCAAAUGAAUCCAGGUCUUUAAAUAACAAUGAAACGACGGAUACUCCGAAGAACUCAAUUCAAGGAACUCCAAACCAAAGGGACAGGCUAGAUAAUGUUGACGACAGAUGUGCUAAUUUAGCAAAGACUGUCAAUAGGCCUCGAAGUAAUUUGUUUGGCAAGCAACCCGAUUCAGAAUGUAUAGACUUGGUAGAGCCACCUCUGAAAAAACUAAAGGUUCAAUUAAUUAAACUGGAGACUAUUUGUAACGACUUCAAAGAUCUUUCUGCAACUGAAUUCGAAAUAUUGACUACAAAGUAUGUUAAUCUCUUGAUGAACUCAAAUUUCACUUGUGAUUGGCGGGCUCCAGUUAAUUAUAAUAGACAACUCCAGUGUGUCACGGAUCUCAUUGACAAUUCAGAUUGUGUGUCUGAUCCUGGCACACAAGAUGACAAUGACGCAAUAGUUGAACUUACUAAGGAUGCUGACGAUGAUCCUUUAAUGGUUAUUACUGAGAAAAGUUCUGAAUCACCCAAGAAGUCGACGCCUAAGAAGCCCGACCAUCAGCCAGGCACCUCUCCACAGGUUCCUCUAAGCGAAUCACCUCACAUUCCCAGUGAUGAUGAUACGUCGAGUCUACCAAAUGAAAUUGUCAUAAUGGGUGAAGAUGGAGCAGCAGUACAGCUUAUCGAAAAAGAAUCCAUGGCAACCAUUGGUGAUUCAACAGCUCUUAAUCAAAAUGGUGAAGUGGCGGACAAUAACGAAGGUCCGGAAGAGAAUCAAGAAAAGCAAACUGAUCACGAGGAGCAAGUACCUGUACAAAACAAAGACCCUAUAUCAACUUCCGAUGCUUCCAAAACAAAGGAUAAAGAAAAGGCUGCUUUGAAAAAGGCCUCCAAGGCCAGAAAGAAGAUGAUGAAGUGCUUCUCCACCAGUUCACUAUGCUCUGUCUGUAAGCAGGAAUUUACGUCCAAAGAUGAUUUGUGGCAGCAUUUGCAGAAACAUAGUGAAAAGGAUCUACAAGCGGCAUACAAAAAACUUGCCCACGAGCGGAGCCUUGAACAAAAUGUAUCCGAGGGGUCGAAUACUAAUCCGCCUUUGGAAGUUGUUAAUACCAAUCAGAGUAAUGACAAGAGGAAGAGUACGGAAAGCGUUGUGUGCAGUAGCAGAUCGUCUGUGGAAAUUGAAGAAAUCAUUGUUGAUGAUUCAAGUAACACCGCUGUACCUGUUGUAGGAGAGCAGCUGGUCUCGAACUCUGCUAGUCUAGAACAUUAUGCAACAGCCGAGCACGCAUCAGCAAACAAUGCUCAAGAGACAUUGUCCGUUUUAAUAUGUUCUUGUCAUGCGCAUGAAAAUUCUGGUCAGGAUUUGCAGAUUGAAAUGGUAUUACACUGUAAUUCGUGCAACAUUGUUUUCCGUCGUCGUGAUUGUUUCGAAGUGCAUUAUCGCACGAGUUCCGAGUGCAGACAGAAGCGCCAGUUGAAUGAAACCACGAAAACACCGAAGCUCUUCUGCAGUGGCUGUCCAUCCAUCCUGAAUUCGUUGAUGGAUAUGCGAACACAUUUGGAGAUGCAUGCACAAAAAAAUUGUCAAGGAACGGUUACGUUUGUUUGCAACAUCUGUAAAGUCGCAUUCUUUGGUGUUGGUGGCAUUUUUUAUAAUCAUUGGUACAACCAUACGAAAAGCCCAAACUUCGUGGCCAGUAAAUACUCAUUCCCCAAGCUAUCCGUCGUCUCCGUGCUUGAAGAUUCAAACAUUGCGAUGGCGCAGAAUAAAAGUCAAGAAGGUUUUUUCUACAUAGCGGAACAUGUUUGCCGUCAAUGCAGACUACCAUUCAGUUCGGAACCUGAUUUACAAAAACACAAGGCAACACCUUGCCAGCCCGCACCGUCCAUUACUCGUACCGAUACUUUAGAUAAAAACACGCAGAUGAUAAAGCUAAUCUGUGAUCUGUGCAAAAAGUAUUACGUAAACAAGGAAGGCUUUGAUCGUCAUUGCACCGAGCGUAAUCAUCUCAAAACGCCCAUCACUAAAUUUUCACGUGUACCCGUAAGCGAAACCGAACAAGCUAUCGUCUGUAGUUUAUGUCGUGCAAUGAGCAAGUCUAUAGACGAAAUGAGGGAACACUGGAAACGUGUGCACAGUCCAAUUAUGGAGCUCUACACUUGUAAAACCUGUAACGUCGUACCGUCCAACGACGUGACCAAUUACACGUACGAAAAGUUCAUGCAGCAUUGCAAGUUGGUACACAAAAGCGAAGUUAUUACGUGUCUCAUAUACUUUGUCACUGCACGAUAUGUGUGCAGUAUCUGCAAGUUUGGUUUUGAAACGGAAAAAUCGAUGAAGGAACACGAAGUCAUUCAUGAGAAGACACCUGGAACAGUGUCUACUGUCAACACAGUAUCGGGCAACGUUAAUCUUUCGACAAACAAUACCCAGACUGCUAUGGUUUGGGUUACUGACAAGAAUAUAGCACCUGAUGGUGGUAGACAAGUGCAUCCUCUUUAUCUCCAGUACCCAUCUGUUAAUGGUACAGUCAAUGUUCAAUUACCACAGAAUACAGUUCCACUGAACUCUCAAAGCCAGCAGCAGAUGUCAAUGUCAAACCACAAUUUAAGCUCAGUGCUGAACAGCAACGUCAGCUACGUAACAGUACCUGGCUCUACCGUAUUACAGGCGUCAAACAGUAAUGGUCCGAAUCACGUGUUGCGCAAUUUGCUGGCCUCAAAUGCGUUUAAUCAAGUUCCAGUACAACAACAAGCAGCCGCUCGAGCCAGUCCAGAGACGAUAUUCCUCGACUCACGAUCGAAUAGUCCAGUCUUGGAAAAUCAAGCUCCAACGACGUCGAGUACAGUCGCUACGAACGACAAGUCGUCCAUUUCUGAAACCACGGCGCAACGCAAAUCUUAUAUGACGAUGGUCAAUCCAGAUUUCGAAUUUAUAUUAGGAACGAAUGAUAAUCAGACGUCAGAUGGCAGCGAUAGUUCUUCGUCAAAUAAAAAUAAAGAUCCCUUGAAUACAAGCAGUGGCGCUGACAAGCAGUCCAACACGGACGUAAUGUCGCCCCAGCCGUUUGAAAUAGUUCUCGUAACGGAUGAACUCGGAGACAACGCCAGCGACGACGUUCCCAUGAACGACAUCCUAGAACCACUCACAGAAACCGCGUCCCCCGUGGACCAACUCCAGCAAACAGCGGUCACACCGGACUCGUCGAACGACGGUUCCUCCUCUACGAAGUCAUUCCUACGAGUGCGCUCAGUGGCUGAACUACAACAGAUGAAGAUACACGACUCACCCCAAGCUUUCGACGGACGUCAACGUGUCCACGAUAAAGAUUCUGGGGUAUCGAGCAUUGCUGCUGGUAGUGAAAUGGGACGCGACACGCCUGUUCAAAUGAUCACACCGAUGGUGAUGCAAAACAAGCAGAACGCUAAUGAAACUACAUUGAUUGCACAGCUACGACACAAGUUGUUGCUCUCCUCGGGAGGUCAAGGGUCUUCAAACAAUAUGGGUACAAGGACAAACUCGUCAGCCAUUCCUAGUCAAGUCCAAACUCAGCAGCAAGGAUAUUGGUUUGCUGCUUGCAAUGGCAACAGUGACACAGUCCAGCAACAGCCUACCGUUAAUUACAACACAGUGAACUACACUAGUGUCAAUCGAGCACAACAGCAACAGUCAAACGCUGCUCGAAGACAAUUUUCAAAUGCCAACGUGAUGCCUCCUAUGAAUUACUCUACUCGAGGUCCAUUACCUUCGCAUCCUAAUGCUGCUCCAAGCACAAUGUCGCCCAGUAGAACAGGUGCCAUACAGUUGCCCGAGAGAAAUGCAAUGAGCAACAAUGCACCAACUACCAAACGACCAUCUGGUGCUGCGACCAGGAUACCUCAGCAGAGUAUGCCACCUCCGUACGAAAAUGUCAUUGAACAACGUCAAAGUGAUUUUCGUGCUCGUUUUAAUACAAAUGAAGAUCAAGCUAGAAUUACCUCACAAGCCAAUUCUAGAAUGUUGCCUAAUAUACUGUCUAGGCCGAGUCAAUACCAAGGAAAAACCUACAGUCGACAUCAGGGUGAUGGAAGUUAUGCCAAUCCGUACAAUAGUACUAUGAACUACUCCACUCAAUCGCAACAAAUCCAAGAGCAGCAGCAACAACAGCCUCAGGCAAAGGUCUACUCUUGCAAGUACCCCAACUGUAACUUCCGUUCAGAAAAUCAUGGCGUGCUUCGCACGCAUGAGAAAAUCCACGCGGGGAGCCAAAUAACACCAGUCAAUCAUGUUAAGCACCAUCAGCAACAAUAUCAGGUCCAGCAACAACGACUCCCUGGCAAGCACGUGUCAGUUUGUCAGAUGCCUGAGCGGACGCGUCAUGCGAUGCCGACCAGCCGUGGGGCGACCAUUAGUGUCCAUAACAUGGACAAGCGUUUCUGUUGUCGUCUUUGUAACCUUUAUUUUGUUACGAAUAGCGAAUUGAUGGAGCACAACGGUACUGCUCACACUCAAAACACAACUUCACAGGUUUGUUGUUAUGUAUGCGAUUUUUGUCCGAGACCUCAGCUCUUUAAUACAGAAGCAGAUCUGCGCGAUCACAUGAACAAAAUGCACAAUUUCUUCUGUCAGAAUUGCAAAAAGAGGUAUCCUUCCCACGAUGAUUUGAAAUCACAUAUCGCUGAAGCGCAUUCAAAGACCACUUGAUGUUCGUUGAAUGCUAGCGAGAUCGAAGAAACCGAUCCGCUGGCUACCCAAUGAAUGUUCCAAAGAGACGAGAAUUUUUGUAUUUUCUUAAGUGCGACGAAGAUGACAGGACGAGUAUUCUGUGGCUUUUUUUCUCAAAUUCAUAAGUGUAAAUUUCUUUGCUAUUUUGAAAUAGUUUUCUUUAUUUUAUUUUUUUUAUUUUAUGUGAGCUGGCUACGUAUAAGUUUAAUUGUAAUUAAUUGGGUGACACAACUUCAAUUGAGAAUCCACACGUACUGAAAUUUAACUGUAUUUGAAGAAAAAAAAACCGUUAUUGUUUCAUGAUUAAUUUUUCUUUCCCAAGUCAGAGUGUUAAACUAUUUUUGUUUUAAAUAACAGUUGAUUUUGAAAAUAACAAAAUACGACUACUGGAAAGUUAGUCAUAAAACUCUUCCGACGCCUAUUUUUAUUGUGUCAGGUUGAAUGAAACAUAAACGUAAAUGUGUAUCGUUAAAAUACUAUAGAGAUGCGAGUUUUUACAUUAAGAGAAAGAAGUGUAUUUAUACUUGGAGACGUAAAGUUUGAUACAUAAUGUAAGGUGUGCAAGACGCAACCGUUGAGAUGUUUAUCUCGAGUGAGGGUCGUAAUUCUUAGGGUAAAGAUUUUUCACUAAUUGCAUUACUAUUAUAUACAUUUAUAAAUAUAUACUUUAUGUAAUGAAAUUUUUUAAAGAUAAUUUGGAAAUUCAGACUUACUGAUACAAAAUUUGCACUGAAUGAAUAACAUUUUUUUAUGUAGUGCAUUACCCUUAUAAUUUUGUUCAUCAGAAUUUUUUUUUUAUAUGACAAAUUUGCUAUUACAACAUUCUAAACUCAUAUUUGCAUAAUGUGUUAAAAUAGGUUCUGUGAAAAUAUAAUUUUGGUAUAAUCCAUACUAGCUAACUCUUAUUAUUUCAAAUCAGCAAAAUCAUUUCAUAUAGUUUAAAAAAAUUUUUUGUUCAACGCUUAAAUUUUAAUAAAAAAUAUCUUGGCAAAUAAUUUCAUUGGAUGAUUGAAAUCGAAAAAUAUUUGAUAAAACUUUUUAUUUUUAAAAGUAAGAAUUCGUAAACUUCUUACCCCACUAUUUUUAACUUUAGAUUAACCGAUGUGUCAUGUAGCGACAAACAAUACAAUUGUUAAGCUUACUUAUUUGUUUAGUAUUUCGUGUCUACUUGCAGUUGUCAACGCUUUUUCAUUCGACCUUAUGAUAAGCCGGACGUCAUUAUUAUUCCUUGCAAAUUAGUUGUUAGUAAUCACGAAAUGAUUAAACACAAAAAAAAUUGAUAAUUAAAUUUAGUUGUGUAAGUACGCGGUAAAAUAAUGUUCGGAUCACCGAACUGUAUCGGUUGAAAUAAGAUAACGAGUAAAAAAAUAUCGUUUCGAUGCUUACGAGAGUGCAUCGCCAUUUUGAUUAUUUGUAAUGAAGUGCGUAUGACUGAUCCGACAGUCACUAUAAAUAAUAAACGUUACACAUACUUUUUCUACAUUUUUUAUGCUCAUAAUUUUUUCAAACCCUCACAUAGUUCUUAGGGUUUGUGUAAAAUUUAGAUUCUUUGUUAAUACAUUUUUUAUUAUAAAAUACUAAAUAUCUAUAAGUGUGUACACAUAUAAUUAUACAUAAUUGUGUGUAAUUAUGUGCAA